AUGAAAAAAAUUUAUAAACUGAAACUAUUUGAAAUCGUUGAAAGUUUAGGAGCCAUCCAUCAUGGUGCUGUCACAUCAGACUUCAUGACUAUCGCCAUCAUGAUCAUUUUCAUUUUCUUCUUAUCCUCGCAGAGACUUGUCGCUGACGAGAUGAUCAGUGAUGCUAACAACAUCAACAACAACAACAUUAACAACAGUAUUAACAACAAUAUCAACAACAACAUAAACAUCAACAGCAACAUCAACAACAACAACAAAUGGGUGACGAUCAUGUUCGAACAACGACAAAACAGAGUUAGCCUACUAGUUGAUGGAAAGAAAAAAGUGCAAGAAAAACAAGAUGUAAAUCGCACUUUUGUCAUAGCCGAAACAGCAACGUUCACCUGUACAACGUACACACACAAACCAGAUUUCACAUGA